AUGAUAAAUAUCUGGACAGAUAAAUGGAUUCCAGGCUUAAAGGAUAAUCUUGAAACUAUUUGUGGCUCUAAACUAAACUCGUUAACACUUGUAACUGAAUUAAUUGACUCAACCACGCAGAAGUGGAACUCGGAAAAAGUUAGAAAUAACUUUCCCCAAUCUUUCUCAGAUGCAAUUUUAAAGAUAAAGCUUUUCCCAGACUCAAAUGGAAAUAUGAAAACAGAUACCUUAAGAUGGCUCUUAACAAAGAAUGGGAAGGUUACGGUGAAAUCUUUGUAUGCUAAAUUGCAGAACAAUGAGACAAAUCAGACAAUACAAUCUAAUCAGAAUACUCCAUCUUCUAUUACUUUUUGGACUGCUUUCUGGAAUUUGAAUAUUUCACAGAGAAUCAAGAUUUUCCUAUGGAAAUGUAUUAAUAAUGCCUUACCUGUUAGAAAGUUACUUGGUCAAUAUAGGGAUAACAUAGACACUCAUUGCAUCUUUUGGUAUAGACUCAUCCUUCGUUCUGAAACAGGCUCAACCAUCCAAACUGGAUCAGGAACUUUCUAUGCCUCCAGCCCUGAAGAGGCAGAAGCUCUGACUCUUCUAGAAGCAGCGAGAUGGGAAACAAAGAUGCAUUUUUCAAAUGCUUUGUAUUUACUUUCUGAGGAUAAUAAUCUGUUGGAAGGUUCUCGUAUCACAGUUUCUCAAACUGAGAUAAGGACAACCAACAUAUUUGAUAGUCUUCUGUAA